GUAUUUCAACUUUUGGUGACAUUCAUACAAGGCAUGUUCUGUACGAAUGGAUAAAUAAAUAAAUUAUGUUAGCCAUCUUUCCGUUUCGAGUAACAGUGCAACAUUUCAUUUGGCACUCAUCAAGACUAGCCAACAAAUUUUUGUAAAUUGCGCAGCCAACAAAUUCUUGUAAAUUGCAGAAAAUAACCUUAUUUUCACAUUUUUACUAGAAAUUCAAACGAUUGAACUUAGGAUAAAAACUGCCUACUCACUGCCGAGAUGCCGGUGAUCAACAUUCAUCGGUAUCAGAAACUAAACCAGACACUGAUUUCUCGAAACAGAUCGUGCGUGAGUUAUCGCGGCGAAGUUUCCAACGAGACAUUUAAUUGCUGCCAAGGAGGUGUGACGGUACUUUAACAAAUAUGUUAAUGCAAUGCAUUUAAUUGCUGCAAUAGAAAUAUCUUUGACUGUGAAACAUCUUAGAUCUAGCAGAAAGCCCGAAACCUAAUAAGCCUGUGGGUGUUUGUGUUAUUAUAUGAGACAUGGCUGUGUCUGUGAUUAGAAAUGUAUGUGGAUUAUUUAGAACAACAGUGUCUCAGACCGGCUGUCUGAGUGGUGUUCCCAUUCAUCUUAGACGUAAACAUGAUAAUGCAGCAGCUGCAGCAGAAACUAGGCCAACUGCUCGUAAAUUUGAUGCUGCACAACGUGCACAAUUGAGUGAUUAUGGCUGUUAUGUAGCAGAAUGUCUUCCAAAGUUUGUGCAGAAAGUCCAGCUGACAGCAGGUGAUGAACUUGAAGUAUUGAUUGUCCCAGAGGGUGUAGUUCCAGUUUUACAAUUCCUCAAGGACCAUCACAAUGCACAGUUUGCCAAUCUUGUAGAUAUAGCAGGUGUUGAUGUGCCUAGCAGACAGUUCAGAUUUGAGGUGGUCUACAAUUUACUCUCACUUCGAUUCAAUUCACGUAUAAGGGUGAAGACCUAUACAGAUGAACUUACGCCUAUUGAUUCAGUGUGUGAGGUAUUCAAGGCUGCCAACUGGUAUGAAAGGGAGAUCUGGGACAUGUUUGGUGUGUUCUUUGCAAAUCACCCUGACUUGCGCCGCAUUCUCACUGAUUAUGGAUUUGAAGGGCAUCCAUUCCGUAAGGACUUUCCACUAAGUGGAUAUGUUGAGGUGCGUUACGAUGAUGAACGAAAGCGUGUUGUUGUCGAGCCACUAGAACUGGCACAAGAGUUCCGUCGUUUUGAGUUGUCAGCACCAUGGGAGCAGUUCCCAAACUUCAGAGAGGCUCCAGCUGCUCAAGAAGAAAUACAGACAAAGGGUAGUGAGUCUGGAGAAGGGAAGAAGUAGGUUGGAAGAACUCAAAACAGCUCUUUGUUAGUAGCAUUAGUUUUAUAUGUUGAAUCACUGUACAGUUGAAGUGAAAUAUAAUAAAUAUAUAUGUACACACACACAAACUGUUACAGUGCUUGAAUUAUAUCUCCCAUACUGUAGAAUUGUACUACUUAAAAUCAGGUGCUCAGUUAACAUUUAGAACAGCAGCUGUGAUCAGCUCACUAAGCAAACCUCAAGAAACAGAAAUAUAAAGACCCUCAUCUUGGGAUAAUACGUGUUAUCACAGUCACAACUGCUACAUUUUCACAUAUUCAGACACUUGGUAAAGUACAGAUAAUAUACAGUAUGAAAUGUUCAGAAAUAAGUAAAGCAUUAAUGAAGUUUUAUAUAAUGGUACAAUUAAGUUAAACACAAAUCUUCCACAAAUAAAUUUAUGCUCUCUUACCAA